AAGAGGAGGGGAUUAAAACAGUGGCAAAGAGAGGGAAUUAAUGGUGAAGAGAGAAGACAAGAAGAAGAGAAGAAAUAAAAGGACCAGUACCAUACCACCACACCUGCCAGUGCUCAGAGGUUCCUUGGAGUAGCAUUAAAGACUCUAAUAGAUAUUCUUGACUACACUUCACUCCCCACCACCCAAAACAAGCAGAGAAACAAACAAAGAGAUGAGCUGGAUUUAUAUACAGAAAGGUAAAUUCAUUUCUUGGUGACUUUGGGUUUGAAGAAGAACAUGAGUUGUGGUUCUCAGAUUAACCACAUGAUGUUCAUCAUCACCACCACCAUCUUCAUGUUCAUAUCAUUCCAAAGUACCCACAUUUGGGUUGCAAAUGCUUCAUUGAAUGCAGCUGAAACAGACUACUUCUUCAAUGGUCAUCAUGGCCUACCAGAGAAGAACAUUAUUGAGAAGGUCUCAGGAGAGGAUGAGAGUGAAGAUAAAGAAGCUCAGAUCAUUGAAAAGUUCAGAGCUUUGCUUGGAUUGAAGAGCUUCAAAAGCAAAACUCAAACACCUACUGAUAAUGAACAGGGGUAUGGGUUAUCACCAUCACCAUCUCCAUCAUCACCCACCAUUGAAGCUCCAACUCCAGCUCCAGCUCCAGCUCCACCUUCUGCUCCAAUGCAUCAUACCCAUCAUCCAUUUCACCAUUUCAGUCCCAUCCGACAGCGAAAAAAGACUAGAAAUGAAGAUAGAGAUGGAAAUAAUAGUAGAAUUGAAAAAAUUCUAGUAUCAGUUUUUGUGUCUGUUGGAGCUACCUUUGCACUGUGUGUCAUUGGACUCAUCUGUGUUUGCCGGAGAUUCAGAAGACAGAGAAAGAGAUCCACAAGAAGAAGAAUUCCAGUGUCAAAAUGUGAAUCAAAGUAUGCAAAUUCUCAAACUUCAGUGAAGAAGAAGGUAAGCUCUGAUCUUGACUUGGUGGACUUGUUUUGCCUUGAUUCAUUGGGUACUGUCAAGCAAUUUUCUGAAACUGAGAAUAAAUUAUCAAACCAAAACACAAGAAGUUGUGAAGAAUUGCAUCAAGAAGAAUCAAAGAAAGAACCAAUAAUAAGAUCUGAGUCUGAUAAUGUUAGUUGUUGUGAAAUUGUGUCGGUUCAUGAGACAGUUGAGUCAGUGAAGUAUGAAUCUGAUGAAUUUCAUUCGUCCGAUGAUGAAUCUUUUCAAUCAGCGAAUGUGCGGCUUUCAAAUGCUUCAGCCGGUAGUCCAAGUGAGAAAUUUCACAUUUUGUCUCCAAAAAGAUCAAUCACAUCACCUUGUUCUGUGACCUCUCCAAUGGACUUAAAAACAUGUCCUCCCCAUGAUCAAUGCACCGCCACCACUGCCACUGCCUCCACUCCUUCCUUAAAAACACCCCCGCCACCACCACCACCUCCUCCUCCCCUUCCUUCCUCGCGUUUACGCAUUUCUCGUUCUAAUUCUUCUUGUUCGACUCGGAUUAUGUCCAGAGUUUUGAGUUCUCAUACACUCCCAUUUUCGUCAUCACCAAGAAGCUCGGAUUCUUCUUCAGGAUCAAAUCAAACCCCACAAUGUGAAUUGCCACCGUCGCCUCCUAAUCCGCCUAAGCCCUUAGUGGGUAUUCCUCCACCACCAUGUCCGCCCCCAUUUUUUAAAGGAAUUAGUGACAACCCUCUCAGAGGCCCACCACCUCCUCCACCAUAUCAGCUUACGCCAUUGGGGAAAGAUGGAGUUCCAUUGCCAAAACUGAAACCUCUUCAUUGGGACAAAGUUAGAGCCGCGCCAAAUCGUUCUAUGGUGUGGGACAAGCUCAGAUCGAGCUCAUUUGAAUUUGAUGAGGAGAUGAUCGAAUCACUGUUUGGUUAUGAUCUUCAAACUUCUACGAAGAACGACGAAGCAAAGAGCAAGAGCCCUUCUCCAAGCAAGCAUGUCCUUGAACCUAAGAGACUACAAAACAUAACCAUAUUGUCAAAAGCUGUGAAUGUGACUGCUGAGCAAAUUUGUGAUGCAUUGAUACAAGCAGGGGAGGGCUUGAGCUUACAACAACUAGAAGCACUGGUGAAGAUGGAACCAACCAAGGAAGAAGCAGCAAAGCUGACAAACUAUAAAGGAAACAUUAAUGAAUUGGGCUCUGCAGAGCAGUUUGUUAAGGCAAUGCUUAGCAUUCCUUUGGCCUUUUCAAGAAUUGAAGCCAUGCUUUACAGAGAAACUUUUGAAGAUGAAGUUGUUCAUCUCAGAAAAUCUUUCUCAAUGCUAGAGGAAGCUUGCAAAGAACUUAGAUCAAGUCGGCUCUUCCUAAAACUACUUGAAGCAGUCCUCAAAACAGGAAAUAGAAUGAAUGUUGGAACAAUCCGAGGAGGUGCCAAAGCAUUCAAGCUCGACGCUCUCUUAAAGCUCGCGGAUGUGAAAGGAACCGAUGGGAGAACUACACUUCUCCAUUUUGUUGUCCAAGAAAUUGUUCGGUCAGAAGGAAUCAGAGUGUCAGAGAGCAUUAUGGGGAAGAUAAGUCAAAAAGGCAAAACCAAAAAUGCCGAAGAAAGAGAAGAAGAUUACAGGAGGAUGGGCCUAGAUCUUGUUUUAGGUCUAAGUAUCGAACUAUGCAAUGUGAAAAAGACCGCCACUAUAGAUUUGGAUGUUCUUGCAAGCUCAGUCUCAAACCUAUCAGACGGAAUGACUAAGUUGAAACAUCUAAUUAUUAAGGACUUGUGUGUCGAUGAAAAGAGUGCGAAUUUUGUGAAGUCAAUGAGAUCAUUCCUUGGUUACGUGGAGAACAAUCUAAAGGAGUUGAGGGAAGACGAAGGGCGAGUACUUUUACAUGUUAGAGAAAUUACUGAGUACUUUCAUGGAGAUGUGAGCAAAGAAGAAGCCAACCCGCUUCGAAUUUUUGUGAUUGUGAGGGACUUUUUGGGAAUGUUAGAUCAUGUUUGUAAAGAGCUUAGAAAUUCUAAACUUUCAAGCAAUCCAAAUCCUCUAAAUCUAUUCAGAUAGAGAGUAUUGUGUCCAUUGGCUUGUAAAAUUCCACUUCAUUGUAACAUCUUCUGAAUUUUUAAGUAGAAUUUUGGAAUGUUUAGAUUAGACGACUUGAAUCAGAGUGCUUUGUAAUAACAAUUUAAUAACAUCUUAUAUCAGCCUAAUGUGGAUUUGGUGCCACUGUCAAAAAAAUACAAAAAUACAAAAACGUAGCAAUUUGGUUUA